GACUUAUUUGGGUUGUUCGCUUAUCUUCGACUCACACCGUAUUCUUUCUCACAUUAUUGGAACAGUUUAUUGUAUCAGCCGUUCCUCGCAACAUGCACUACAUCCUCGAGUAAAAGCCAGUAUGAUUCGGAAGAUGAUGUAAAAACUAUGCUUAGUGAACCACUUAUUGCUAGUACGGACUUGAGUAAAACUUUGAGUAAACUGUUAUGGAGAAAUACUAAAGCCCUUGUAGGUGAUCAGCUUGCUAUACCUCCACUCACUGAAAAAAUUCAUUGGAUUACAUUUACUCCUGUUGAACGAUAUAUACACGAUCGUGUUUUGGCUCAGUCAACCGGUGCUCUUGAGCGUUUAGUUCAAAACAUGUCGAUUUCACCUGAUCAAUUACUUUCUAGUUUACCUACAGCUGCACAUUGGCGUUUGGUUUAUUUAAUUACUCGACUUCGUCAGGCUUGCACACAUCCAAGUCUUGUUGUGGCUACUGGUGGAUCACAUAAAGGUAACCGUGGUGAACGAAAUCAAACAGGACGUGUAAAUGGACUGACGACUUCUGAAAUGAUACCAAAUAUGGUACGUGUAGGCCUCAAUGAUGAUGAACAAUAUGGUGAUAAUGAUGAAGACUAUUCCACCACAACGAAUCAUGCUCCCACUGUAGCUGAUGCUCGAGCCCACCGUAAUUUAGGAACGGGAUGUUUUACAAUGACUGAAGUAAUCAGACGUGUUGUGGAUGAGACACGCAGAGAAUGUGAAGGCCUUCUGCGUACUUGGGUUUUCAAUAAAAAUGGUGCUGCUGGUUGCUUUAUUAUCAAAGGUCAAUUAGUUCAGGCUGCCGACUGUUACAGAGAUGUUUUACGAUCAGCUGACAGUUUUGAAAGAAAUCAUGGUAUUCUUGCAGAUUGGAGUCAACGGCUUCAUGCAAUCACUAAUCUACAUUGGUUAAUUCAAACUCAAAAAGUUCCUAUACUGGAUGAACCUCUUCCCAUUCUUCCACAAACUCCAUCAUUACUGAAAAACGCUUCAUAUUCCGUUGUUUCAGUACAGACUAAGAAAAGCGGAGAUUUUAGUCUUGAAGGACUAGAUCCUCGUGUUGACAGAGAUUUAUGUGCUAAGGCUGAACGUUUACGAACUACCUAUAUUCAGAUGCAUUCUCAAUUAUUAGCAAAAGUAAGAGAAAAUUUAGAUCCAAUUGUAAAAGAAUUAGACAAUGAAUUAUGUGAUUCAAUUGAACAUGAUUCUAAUGAAAAUCUUACUGAUAAAAUGGCUAGUAUUGAUGCUGGUGGAUGGCUUAGUUGGCUUACAGAAGCAAUUGAUUUUCUUAUUAUCUCUGGUUUAGGUCAUAGUUUAAUUGAUAUGCUUGUUGCAAGUUUUCAAAGUCGACCAAAUAUGAAUCGAAGUGGAUUCAGAACUUCUUUACUUUAUGCUGGUUCAGCUAUUACAUUCAAAGCAAUGUUACUAACUGAGUUAGGAGAAGUCUUUACAACACGUAAACAAAUGAGAAUAGCUAUGCAACCAAUGGAUGAUACAUGGCAUUCAUUUAUGACUGGCCGUGAAGUUGAUCGACGUGUUCUACAACCAUUUUACGCAUGUUGUGCAAGAGCUUUUGAUACAGAUGAAGAAAAUAAACGAAAAGAAGAGAAACGUAAAGCCAAAUCAAAAAUUGAUGAUAAGACAAAAAAGUCAAACACUGAUAAUACACCAAAUCGUCGUGUAACAAAGAAAACACGUUGUGCUUAUUGUAUUGCUUUAAGAGCUUUAUGUAAUUAUCAACGUGCAUUGAAUCAUGAACGUGCAAAAACUACACCAAAUCGUCCGUCGAUAUUUGAAUUUGAUUUUGAUAAUAAUUCAGAAACAUUAGAGAAAUCAUCUGUCGCUGCUGCUUCUGUUGAAGAGUCUGGAACUGGUCUAAUUUUAAAUAAUCCUCUAGUUAUGUCAUUAUCUAUAGUAUGUCAACAAAUAACUAGAAUUUUAUCAUCUACACCUGCCAAUGAACUUCCAUUUUCAAAAAUGUUGUAUCAAACAAAAGCUAGACGUUUGGAACAAUUAAUUCGCUUAAUGGGAAAGGAAAUAUUGCUAACCAGUCGCACACAGUCAUUGACCAGGGAGUGGUGGAACAUACACGAUGAUACUGAACAGUUUGUAGUUCGCCUUCAAGCCACUUGUCCAACAGAUUUAGCUUUUAUUCAUGAAGAUGAGGUUGAUGCUCAAUUACAUUCUUACAUAGUUGAAAGUGAUAUAAUUUGGCCUAGACUUCAAUCUCGUCUUGGACAUUUUAACUUCUUGCGUAACGCUCAUUUAACAGCAGUAACUGGCUUUGCUACUUCAAGUGAAGUCGAUAACGCUGAUGGGAAACAGUCUAAAAGUCGACCGCUUGAAUGUCCGACUUGCUUACAGUUACAUUCACCAAAUAAUCCAACGUUUGUUUUGCUUCCUGGCUGUUGGCAUACUCUUUGUGUCACUUGUCAUGAUCGUAUUGCUUCACUAAAUCAAGUUUCUCAACGACGAUGCCCAAUUUGUCGAACAUCAUUUCAGGCAACAGAAACUACAGGUAUUAAUGCUCGACGUAGAAGACCUCUAACACUUAUUCAUUAUGCUGGAAAUAAGGAGUACCAAGAAAACUCAGUGCAACCAAAUGAAACAGAGGAAAAUUUGAAUAUAGUGGGUGAUCAUAGCACAAAAGUGAGAACGGUUAUUCAACGUUUAAAAGUAAUCAAACAAGAAGAUCCUGAUGCUAAAGCUAUUGUUUUUAGUUCUUGGUUAUCUGUUUUAGUAACACUAGCUGGAGCGUUAGAUCAAAAUGGUUUAGCCUAUACAACAUUAUUUCAUGCCCGUGACGCUUGCUGCCCUGGAAGAUUAGCUGGUUUUCAAUGUUUCGGUUCUACAACAUGGAUUCUUUUAAUGCCAGUUCAACUUGGUGCCAAUGGUUUAAAUUUGACUGCAGCAAAUCAUGUGCUUUUCAUUGAUCCUGUGUUAUCACAUGCAAGAGAAGCUCAGGCAGUAGCACGAAUUCACAGAAUCGGACAAACAAGACCUGGAGUUGUACAUCGGUUCUUAGUUAAAGACAGCAUUGAAGCCGCUUUACAUGCAUCACAUUCCCGAAGCACAGAAAUUGGUCCUUUUAAUCCUGAUACAGAAUGCAUGAUUGGCGCUAGUAUACGACGAACAAGUUCCACUAGUUUAGGAGUAGCUGGACCCAGUGAAGAUAGAGCUCAAUUAAUGCGCAUGACAAUUAAACAGCUUACGGAAUUGUUACACUUUGAAUGCAAUACUGGUAUGCUCACCGAUGAAAUGAAACUACCAUCUUUUUCUCUACUUUAGUACUUACUCAUUUCUAUGUAUUUAUUUUGUUGUUAGUAUUUCAAAUUGAAUUUGUCCAUUUCGAAUUCCUAAUUCUCUCCCGUUAUCUUUGCUCAUCCUCAUUUUAUUUCAUCAUCUAUCUUUUUAAUUGUGUGACAACUUGUAUUUUAAUGCUUUGCAUUUGAAUUUAUUCACUAGGCAUUUACUUUUCAUAUUUUAUAUUUUUUUAUUGGGAAUUAAUAUUGAUCUAAU